AUGGCGAUUUCAACUGUACAUCGCUUAACAUCUAUUCUUUGCCUAAUCGUGUCGGCGGUGGCGUGCGCCAAAGGCCCCAUCAUCGACACAACUUCGGGCACGGUACGGGGCUAUUAUCCCGACGCUGCGACACGCGCGUUCCUGGGAAUCCCUUAUGCCCAGCCACCUUUGGGCUCGCUGAGGUUCAAACCGCCGCAACCGAUCAAAGAGAAGGCGAAAGGGGUGAUCGACGCUACGGAGUUUGGUCUAUCCUGUUAUCAGCAGCGCACGGCCGUAGCCGGCGCAACUUCUCUUACCCCAACUACAGGAGAGUCCGAGGAUUGUCUUACGCUAAAUAUCUGGGGUUCGGCUGAGCCUUCGAGACGAUUGAAGCCAGUCUUCGUCUACCGAAUGAACAUCUUCGGAUUCGCAAAUUCGCCCGCGCUACCUGAAAAGAAUGCAGGCAUACGGGACUUGAGACUCGCAGUUGAGUGGCUGCGAGACAACAUUGCCGCCUUUGGGGGUGAUCCGAAACGCAUGGUACUUGGUGGGCAGUCAGCUGGUUCAAUAAGCACGAGCAUAUAUGCCUUCGCCUAUCCCAAUGAUCCUAUAGUGCAAGGGUUCAUUAUGCAGAGCGGACAAGCCUUGACGAUGCCUCCAAUUCCUGACGAUACUGCUGAGUGGACUAAUCUUGCCGAAAAAGUCGGCUGCCGGUCAAGUAACUCGACAGAAGAGCUUACAUGCAUGCAAGAGAUUGACAGCUUUACACUGAAAAGGACUUUAAGCCCAGAGGACCUGAACCCCAUCGGCGUAGCUGCGACGCUCCCUACUAUAGACAAUGUUACCGUCUUUAGUCAGGACACGUAUCUUUCGCUUGCUGCGGCGGGAAAGUUUGCCAAAAUUCCUGCUCUGAGGGGCUUGACCGACAAGGAGGGCAAUGCCCUGACCAACUUCACGCCAGAGGGGCCUGCCAAUCAGACCAUCAACGACUUCUUGACUACGUACUGGUACAAUUGUCCUACUGCUAUGGAAGCUAAGGCUAACAUUUACUUAGCCGAGGUUGCGUUGGUAUUUGGCACAAUCAAUAACGUUCGGCAGCGCGACCCAGAACCAUACGAACUUCAAGCCCAAGAUUACCUGCAGGAGGCGUGGGUUGCAUUUAUUAAGAAUCCGCGCCGGGGAUUAAAGGAUUUCGGUUGGCCGUCGUACAACCCAAAUACAACGAGCCUGGUAGAAGUGUUUAAGGACAACUCGAUCAACGCGUCAUUCGCAGACCCGUCAACCUAUGACGCCGUAUGCUAG